CAUCUGAGAUCACCUGCAUCCAGGAAAGCGCACCAGACGGAGGCUCUCCAUGUGUUGCGCGCUCCAGUCGACUUGAAAAAACAAAACUGCAAACUGAACCACUUUUAAGAUAAAAGCUCACGACAUUUAAAAAGAGCUCAGCGUAGAUUUUUUUUAGUGUGUGUGUGUGUUUUCUGGAAACAAUGCAGGGAAAAGGCACAUUUAUCAGCCCGUUUCACAGACCGCGCUGUCUGGCUGCUGCAGCGGCGCCGGCGGGGAAAGCGAAAUUAACUCACCCGGGAAAGGCGAUCCUGGCAGGUGGAAUUGCAGGUGGCAUAGAGAUCUGCAUCACCUUCCCUACAGAGUAUGUCAAGACUCAGCUACAGCUGGAUGAGAAGGCCAACCCACCAAAAUACAGAGGAAUAGGUGACUGUGUGCGACAGACGGUGCAGGGUCAUGGUGUCAGAGGACUGUACAGAGGACUGAGCUCGCUACUUUAUGGAUCUAUACCCAAAUCUGCAGUCAGGUUUGGGGUGUUUGAGUUUCUCAGCAACCAUGCAAAGGAUGAGAAUGGUCGACUGGACAGCACCAGAGGCCUGCUGUGUGGGCUCGGAGCCGGGGUGUUGGAGGCUGUUUUGGUGGUCUGUCCCAUGGAAACUGUCAAGGUUAAAUUCAUUCAUGACCAGACUUCAGCAAAUCCCAAAUACAAGGGCUUCUACCACGGAGUCAGAGAGAUAAUCAGAGCACAAGGUUUGAGAGGGACAUACCAAGGUCUCACUGCCACCGUCCUCAAACAAGGGUCCAACCAGGCUAUUCGAUUCUAUGUGAUGACCUCUCUGAAGAAUUGGUACAAAGGUGAUAACCCCAAUAAAGCCAUUAAUCCUUUGGUGACUGGAGCCUUUGGAGCCAUAGCUGGAGCAGCCAGCGUGUUUGGAAACACACCAUUAGAUGUCAUCAAGACAAGGAUGCAGGGUCUGGAGGCACAUAAAUAUAAAAGCACGCUGGACUGUGCUGUUAAGAUCCUGAGAUACGAAGGCUUGGCAGCUUUCUAUAAGGGAACAGUUCCUCGGCUGGGCCGUGUGUGUCUGGACGUGGCCAUAGUUUUCAUCAUCUACGAAGAGGUGGUGAAGGUCUUGAAUGUGGUUUGGAAGACGGAAUGAACAGCUGGAUGUACAGAGAUGGCAGCGGCUUCCAGCUUCCCUUUGCUUUGGACACAGAUCUGAGUUUAGUCGACCUAUUCUUUUAUCAUAAAACCAACUGCUGAGGGGGUAAAGGAAGUCAAAGAUGCUCAUUGACAGGGGCCACAGCGAAGAAAAGAGGCUCAAUGUUGCCCACAUCUGGGAAGUUGCUGCUCAGCACUAAGACACCUGACAAGACCAAGGGUCAAUUUUACAAAGUGGGAUUAAAUUGGAUAAAGCCAAAUAACUAUACUCAAGAUGUCUGUAUUGAAACUAAACCUGUGUAUUGGUUCAAAUAUGUUCAAACCUAAUGUUUACUGCUGGUGAACAGCAUUGGGGAUAUUUCAAUGCCCUUUUUUUCAGUAUAUCUGGUUCACUUUCUUUGUAAACCUACUUUGUAAAAAUAGCCCCAUUCACAGCUGUUUUACUGUUGUAUGCAGGUGUCAUACUGGAUUUUCUUGAGUUAGUGCUGCUCUCUGUCUCUUCUUUUAAAACAAGGGAGAGCCACACCGCAGCACUUUGCAGUUUUCAGUCAUAUAAACUGCAGUAACUUCCAUAACUAAGCCUUUAAUACAUUGAUUUUACAUUUGUAAUAUGCUGAUUAUUUUUAUACAAGUUAGAUUCUAAUUUAUCUUACUAUCAACACUAUAGUUUUAUCAUAAAGUAUAUUUUAUUCCUGUGCCAAAAGCCAAACUUAUUAAAACUAUGAAAGUGUGUUCAGAGUAAGAACAUG